AUGGGCUUCGACUUUCACGCCGAAGGGACAAGCGACCCCAAGGAUGUGCGCAACUGGCGCAUCCACCUGGUGGCCAUCAUCGCUUCCAUGUCAGCCAUAGCCAUGGGCUACGACACGUCCGUGAUAGGGGGCACCAUGGCGCUGGACUCGUUCCGCCGCGACUUUGGGCUCCUCAAGGCGUCGGGCACGUAUCGCGACACUCUGCAGGGCGACAUCGUGUCGACGUUUCAGGCUGGCUGCUUCUUCGGCUCGCUGCUCAUGUUCCCGCUCGCCGAGAAGGUUGGGCGCAAGCGGGCCAUCUUCGUCGCUGCCAGCAUCUUCCUCGUCGGCGGCGUGCUCAUGACGGCGUCGCACGGCGAGCUGGCCAUGCUCAUCGUCGGACGUGCGGUUGCCGGGCUCGGCAUCGGGGCGUCGUCGCUCAUCGUGCCCGUGUACAUUGCUGAGACAUCCCCGCCUUCGAUCCGAGGUAGGCUCAUCGGGAUCUUCGAGAUUUCGUCGCAGGGCGGCGGCAUGCUGGGCUUCUGGAUCAACUACGCCUGCGACCGAACCAUCUCUUCGGGCCGGGCCGCGCAGUGGAUCGUCCCGCUUGCCUUGCAGCUCGUGCCCGGCGCCCUCCUGUGCCUAGGCAUGCUGCUAUGCCCCGAGUCGCCGCGCUGGCUCGCCAGCCACGACCGCUGGGACGAGGCGGAAAAGGUCCUCGUCGACAUCCGAUCCCUGCCAGCCGACCACGAGUAUAUCCGCGAUGAGCUCUCCGAGAUCCGACAGCAGGUCGAGGAGCGCACGGCCAACCGCAUGACGUAUGCCGAGAUGUUCAAGCGCCUCGUGCAAAGGGGUGUGCGGAACCGCAUCUCCAUCGGCCUGCUGCUCAUGGCGUGCCAGAACCUCACGGGCGUCAACAUCAUUACGUACUACUCGCCGCGCAUCUUCGAGACGCUUGGCCUCACGGGCACCUCCACCAAGCUGUUCGCCACGGGCUUCUACGGCAUCGCCAAGACGCUUGGCAUGAUCAUCUUCUCCGUGUGGCUUGUGGAAAAGGUCGGCCGCAGGAAUGGCCUCAUCUGGGGUGCAUUCAUCGGCUCCGUCCCCAUGUGGUACAUAGGCGGGUACGUCAUGAGGGCCGACCCGGCUGCCGCGGCGGCGAAAGGCGACAUGAACAGGGAUGGAUGGGGAUACCUGGCCAUGGUGUGCGUGUACCUGUACGGCCUCAUCUACUGCGCGACCUGGCAGGGCAUAACCUGGGUGUACUGUUCUGAAAUCUUCCCCAUUGACAUCAGGAUGCUGUGCACGGCCAUCACGACGGCCGACCAGUGGUUCUGGAGCUUCCUCAUCUCGCGCACGACACCGUACAUGAUCACCUCGCUGGGGUACGGGACCUACAUGUUCUUUGGCGCCCUCAUGGUGGUCAUGGGCUUCUGGGCGCUCUUCUUCAUCCCCGAGACAAAGGGCCUCACUCUCGAAGACAUGGACCGUCUCUUUAUGCAGAGCACUUGCAAGACGGUUUGGCAGGCGCUGGUGCAGCGGCGCAGCAUGCAUGACGUUCUCGAGGAGCGGCGGGCGGCGACCCCAAUCGUCAAACGGGAGAAAAAGGAGGCGUAUCACGAGCAGGUGGAGCUGGCGGACCAUCGCCGGUUGUAUAUUUGAGCGACGAGCGACAUGCAGACGGUGGCUGAGUGAAGCCAUGAGGCCGUUACAAUGCAAUAGAUGCGCGUGGAGAGGACCUGUAGCGGGUGAGAUGACCCGUGAUCGACGAUGUGUGGGUC